AUGGAUUUGUUUGACCCAGUAGCUGAUAAUGCUAGAGGAAUUAUAGAGAUGAGUGGGCAGCGUGGAAGUGCUCAAGGAAUGACUAACGUCCUUGAUGCCAUAGGAACAGAACCAAAGCUUCCACCAAAGGAUUUGCUAUCGGUUUUGCUGCUCUUGCAUCUGUCCUUUAGUGCUUAUAUGGUCCUAUGGAUGAGGUUAAUGCAUGUGCUCAUGGAAUCUUCUAAACAGGUUGAUAUCGCAAUUUCUGAACUUUUCAUUAUUGAGUUGCUGGCUUUCCUGCUUUGGGACUGUUUGUUUACUGCACAAGAGGUUGGAAACAAUUUGAGAGGGCAAUUCAUGGAGAGACCUAGUACAAUGGAGUACACAAACAAACCAGAUUACAGUUGUUGUGUUGAUAUUGUAGUGUCUACAUCACUGAGAAACAUGAUAAUUCCUGAUGUUUUGGCAAUCAUUUCACCUAUUGUAGUUGGUCUUCUUUCCCAAAUUCUGGGUUACUAUCAGAUUACCAUAUACUGGUGGUGUCUGGAAUUAUGCAAAGAAGUAAAUUGGAACUUGAGCUCUAGGAGGCAGGGAAAGUUGAAAAAUAGUGCUGUUGUGGAUUUCAAAAAUGAGAUUGUGGCCUCUCAAGCACAACGUCAACUAAAUGGAGGCCUCCCGAUUCCUGAGCCAAUUGCUGAUAGACUUGGUGUCAAUUAUCCUUUUCCUCCUCAUCUCGAGUAUGCUGCUGCUUCUUAUUUUGAAGUUCUUGUUAGCAACCACAACAAUUCGCCGCGUGUCUGCUUGAUCGCUCUGCCACCGUUGAUCUCUGCCUCUAGUCAUCACAGCCGUUCACUGACCCGCGAUUCAACUUUAUCCACUUUCGUUUAUCCUUUUUUUUCCAUUUCAACCCCGCAACUUUACACGUCGAUUUUCUCCUCAGCGUUUUCUCUUUCCUCUUCUUCUCUCUCAAGCUUUUCUGGUUUCUUCGUUGUUGUGGUUUCUGAAGCGAAGGAAAAUUUAAUGGCUGAGGUUUUGACCAAGGCGAGUUUGGUUUCUUCCUGGCAUGUUAGUAGUCAACGCCACCAUCGAAGAGUAUCGACGGUUUCCAAUUCUUCUAGUUUCGUUUCUGGCGUCGGAAGUUUCCCUUCUCUCAAGUUAAAGUCUCAUGUUCUCAGAUCUUGGUCCCCUUCUUCUGGGUUUCAGGGUAAAAGGCUCGUCUUUCAUGUCAAUAGAGGAAUACCCAACAGGGCCAGUUCGCGGUUGAGAGCUUCAACUGCGGCUCAGAUGACCCUUCGAAUAGGGAAAGUUCAGAAAUGGUGGGAAAAGGGGCUUCAACCCAACAUGAAAGAGGUGACUUCGGCCCAAGAUCUUGUUGAAUCACUGUUAAACGCAGGGGACAAGUUGGUGGUGGUUGAUUUCUUUUCUCCUGGUUGUGGUGGCUGCAAAGCCCUUCACCCUAAGAUAUGUCAACUGGCAGAGAUGAAUCCUGAUGUUCAAUUCCUUCAGGUGAACUUUGAGGAGCAUAAGUCCAUGUGUUAUAGCCUCAAUGUCCACGUUCUUCCCUUCUUCCGCUUUUACAGGGGUGCUCAUGGUCGAUUAUGUAGCUUUAGCUGCACCAAUGCCACGAUCAAGAAGUUUAAAGAUGCAUUGGCCAAACACACCACAGAUAGAUGCAGUUUGGGCCCAACCAAAGGGUUAGAGGAGAAAGAGCUCCUAGCUCUUGCUGCCAACAAAGAUCUUUCCUUCACCUACUUGCCAAAACCUUUACCACCUGCACACGAAAAUGAAGAGUUGGCAACUACUCCUGAACUUAGUCCAGAAUCUCUUCCUUUACCUUCAUUGACCCUCAAUUCUGAGGUAUCCAAAGAAAGAAUCUUGACCAUUGCUGGGAGAUGA